AUGACUAAAUCAUGGAUCGCGUCUCUGCUGCUAAGCGUAGCUGUGGCCUCUGCGGCCACCGUCCCCGAGUUCGGGUCCCUCAGAAGACGGGCUCCUAGCCCCGACGUCAUAACCAACAAUUUCGUGCCUAUGAGGACGGUACACAGCUCGCAAUCUAAGGGACUCCGCCGCCGUGAGUGGAACGGAGGUACGGCGAGUAUCACCAAUCGGAACGCAAUGCAGUAUGUCGCCACAGUUACCUGGGGGGAUGAACAAUUCGACAUGCUGUUGGACACUGGAUCAAGUGAUACCUGGGUCCUCCAGGAAGGUUAUCAAUGCCUCGAUAGUAAAGGCGCUCCCACAAAUAAAAGCCACUGCCCCAAUGCACCCAAUUUCAGUGGGAAUUACACGGGGGGCCGGAUUGAGAAUGUGCAUUUUAACCUCACCUACGGCACAGGAAGCGUCAUCGGCACGUAUGGCUGGGAAGAUAUUACCAUUGCUGGUGUCACCGUCCACAACGCCCAGGUGGCCAGUGCUACUAAAGCAUACUUCCCAGUUCGUGGAAUCAGUGGCAUCUUUGGCUUAGCUUUUUCGUCCGUAACAAGCGAGUGGCCUGGGGAUGAUCCGUCCAAGGAUUCGGGAGACAUGUAUAUGAACUACGAGCCCGUCUUUUAUAGGAUGGUUCGGCAGAAAUUGAGCCUGCCCACCUUUAGCUUCGCACCAGAACGGAACGGCAGUAAUGGAUACUUGGCAUUUGGUGGUAUUCCUCCAGUGAACACUACCGGAAAGACUGGAUCUACAGCUAUUCUCAGUACCCAAGUAACCGGUACAAAACCCGCCAUCGACCGAAACGACUACUACACCAUCAACGUCGACGGGGUAACCAUUACAAACCGAAGUACUCGUACUUCCAACCCCAAUAGCACCCAUUUCCCCUCGUUCCAACCCAUUGUGGAUACUGGUAACACUCUCACUUUGGUCCCCAGUGACCUCGCUGCUGCUAUUGCCGGUUCCUUCAAUCCUCCUGCUACCUUUAUCAAAGAUGACAAUCUCUAUGAAGUACCCUGUAACGCCACUGCUCCCAAAUUGGACUUUGCCAUUGGCGGUGUGAACUUCACCAUGAGCCCGGCCGACUUGAUUAUGCAGACUCUAAAAGAUUCGGAGACUCAGAUGUGUCCUGUCGGAGUCCAAAGUGGCGGAGGCCAGCUUGGCUAUAUUCUUGGUGGUACCUUUCUGAACAAUGUGCUGUCAACAUAUGAUCUUGGCGCGCUGGAGGUAAGAUUCACUGCUCUUGCUCCAAAUACUUUCAAUUAG